UUUUGGUCUCAAAACAAAUGUAGUAUAGUCUAAGUACAGAAGUCUACGUGUUUAAGAAUAUGGAGUAUUACUUUUAGUACUACACAUUACCUUGUGCAAUUUGAUUGUGUUAACAUCUCUUAAUCAUGGAUGAUGUUUUAACUCUUCUUGGUUUAUCGUUUGCUAUGUUAGUUGGUUGUUACUUGGCAGGAGUAAUACCGCUAACUAUUUCACUUUCAGAGGAGAAACUGAAAUUGGUCACAGUUCUUGGAGCUGGAUUGUUGGUAGGAACAGCUUUAGCAGUUAUAAUUCCAGAAGGGGUUCAUGCUAUGUACUCAGAUUUUGAUGGUCAUGAAGCUGCUCAUGAACAUGUGAGGGAAGCAGAACAUGAUAAAUUAUUACCAGCGUCUAACCCAAAACAAGCACCAGUUGAAAUUCCAGCUGCCAAAGAAGUUAUUUUACAGCAUGAAGAGCACCAUGACCAUAGUAAAUCAGAUGUUCACUCUAUUAUUGGCAUUACCCUUGUAGCAGGCUUUAUUUUCAUGUUGCUUGUUGAUCAGAUAGGUGGCAGUAUGCACUCUCAUUCUGCACCCACUGAUACUGAAUCCCCAGGGCAUUCUCAAAACAGAAACAAAAUUACAGCCACUCUGGGCCUAGUAGUUCAUGCAGCAGCUGAUGGCAUUGCUCUUGGAGCUGCCAUUACAUUGUCUGAAACUCACAUCACCAUGAUUGUUUUUGUGGCUAUAAUGUUGCAUAAGGCCCCGGCUGCUUUUGGUUUAGUUUCAUUUUUAAUGCAUGAGGGCUUAGACCGUACGAGAAUACGAAAACAUCUAGCAGUGUUUUCAGCUGCCGCACCACUGCUAACAAUUAUUACAUACUUUGGUCUAAGCCAGCAAAGCAAAGAAACUUUAUCAAGUAUGCAAACAACAGGAAUCGCCAUGUUGUUUAGUGCAGGAACAUUUUUAUAUGUGGCAACUGUUCAUGUCCUGCCAGAAAUUUCUGUUAGUCAAACUCAGCAUAAAGCUGCUGAUGGGACAGUCAUAAUCCGAGAUCAAAAGGGCUUCAAAAUUACUGAACUUGCUGCUUUAAUAUUAGGCUCUCUGUUGCCAGUUGUAUUAGCGGUUGGGCACAAGCAUUAAUAAUUAUUGAUUUGCAUGUUAAGUAAUUUUGGCCGUACUUUUGUUUUAAAUUGUGAAUUAUUUGGUAAAACAAGCAAAAAAGUUGUGGACUGUUUACUGACAUCUUUAUUAUGGCCAAUCCUGAAAUGUAUUGCUGAGGUGGAGAUCCCUAAUGUAAUCCACAGGACUGCAACUUACUUGCCUGGAUUGCUCUAAGUCAGACUUUUAAUGUACAUAGUAUGAAGUGUUAUUUUAGUGUAUUAUUAUUAAAAAAUAUGUACUUUACUUGCUUUGUAAUAACCCAUUGUUAGUAAAUUAUUUUAAUGGAUUUUACUUUUUGACUUAUGUCACUCAGUUACCACUAUAUGCUUUAAAACUUACAGGUUCUGGCAAAUAGAAAGAUUGUUAAGGCUGUGCUCUUUGUACAAACAAAUUUCAACUAAUUAUAAACUGUUUUUUUAUAGGAAGAUUCUAUUUUUUUAAUAGGGGUGUUUUAUAAAUAUUUUGAAUCAUUUUAUGUUAGCAUAUUUAUGUAGUAAUGAACAAGGCCUAUACACAAAUAUUAAAAAUGAUGCCUUUCUUUAUGAAGUAUUAUUUUAAAAUCAUGAUUGUUUAAUAAAUAAAAGUAAAUAGAAUUGUCAAUCAAGAUGAGGAGCUGAGGCUGUCAGGAAUCUCAAGUAGAUAAGUUUAUUAGAUAUAAUUUGCUAUGUGAUAUUUUUUUAGAUCUAGCUAUUUAGUAUAUUACAACUUUGGACUAUAAUUAUACUGCUAAAAACAAAGUAAUCGUGACACUAGCU